UUCCUGUUGAGACUUGGGGCUUUUCCCUCAUUGAAUCAAGUUGCUCUGUAUCUUGGUAGUCUACGAUGAGACCUGAUGGAACAGCACUGGACAUAAAGAGAUUCGGAAGUUGAGUGAUAUAAUAACGUCACAAUGAAUUGAAGUGCUCUCUCAGUUCUGUAUAUAAGUAAGAAUUUCUGUUCUAGCGGUUGUUCACAUCAUGUCGCUACGGAGGAUUUUGGGCCUUGUGGCCAUUCUAGUCUUAUCUACUGUCACGGGCGAAAAGAGCACGGAGGAAAUUGAGAGAUACCUAUGUAAAUAUGGAUACUUGAUUGAGAACUGCAACAACGAGAGGUUGGCCAGUCCUGAGAAUAGAGUUUAUGCAAUCAAAUGGUGGCAGAUGUUUAGUAACAUUGAGGUGACCGGAGUUAUCGGACCUGCCGACGAAGAAGUAAUGAACAGGAGGCGCUGCGCUUGUGAAGAUGUCAUGCAGAAGGAUGAGGUCAUGAACCCUGAUCUCCAACCCCAACAAUUUAAUUUAGGUCCAAAAUGGAGGAAAACAACACUCUCGUGGAAAAUUACUAAAUAUUCCAGGAAACUGAGCCGUCCAAAAACUCUCUCUGAGACGAGGAGAGCGCUGAGACACUGGUCCGAUGUGACACCUCUCCGAUUUACUGAAUCGUCAGGCGACACCGACAUUAAUAUCUCAUUCGAGACCCGUGUCCAUGGUGAUGGGAACGCAAAUGCCUUUGAUGGUCGAGGCCGUGUUCUUGCGCAUGCGUUUUUCCCCUCAAAUGGUCGCGUUCACUUUGAUGAGGAAGAAGACUGGGGCUUUGGGGAUGAAGUGGGAGACACAAAGACGGACUUUUUCACUGUGGCAGUGCACGAGUUCGGCCACACUUUGGGUCUCUUUCAUUCCGACAUUCAGGGAGCCCUCAUGUUUCCAUACUAUGCGGGAUACAACGCCACCUUUAAGCUGCACACAGACGACAUACGGGGGAUUCAGAGUUUGUACGGACCCGGACCUGGAAGGGAGACCACCACUCCCAGACCUCUGACUACAUUCCGACCAACUACUCGGGCCCCCCAGCCCCGCAUCACCCCAGCCCCCACGCCUAGACCUACCCAAACUCCCACCUUACCAACAAACUGUAGCAUCAGAAUACAAGCUGCCGUCAGGGAUUUCGAUGGCACGCUGUUAGUGUUUCUGCGAAGGAACUAUGUGAUGCGUAUAACAGAGCGGGGCUUCUUAGAUCGUUUUCGGGUCAAUAAUCUCUUCCGGCGAGCUCCCUGGAAUAUGGAGGCAGCAUACAGCAUCCCCAGUUUAGGCCGCACCUUCUUCAUGAGAGGUCAAAGAAUUUGGCAGUUUGACCGCAUGAGGAACCGUAUGGGUACGAUAUUGGUUCAGGGAGGCCCCCGGACCAUGCCAGAAAGGCCGAGGGCCGUGAUUGCCACAUCUGGAUCGGGAAAUGACGUAGAAGUGUUUGGCAGUGGAAUUAUGUGGAGAAUGAGGAUGAAUGGUGAGGUCAAGGUCGGAUCACAUCGCUACAUCCGAAGUCAGUAUAGAGGAAUUCCGAAUGAAAUAGACGCUGCCGUUCGGUGGGACUCUAGAACAAUCUAUUUCUUUAAAGAUGAUAAAUUUUACCGAUAUGACACACAGCGACGGUACGUAGCCAUGGAAGGAGACUUUGGCCCCGCCUUUUUGAAGGGGAAUUGUGGGAACGCGCCCAAGUAAAGCCAGCAAAUUUCACCACAGCGAAUCCUUAUGCAUCAUGUGUACGAACUCAGUGUGGUGUUUUAUAGUUAAGAGUUUUUCUAGCGUUCACUUUUUCAAAAGAGAUUUUUGUGAAUGGAUUGCACGAAAUUGUUUAGAUUUACGAUUUAUGUCUGAAAUCAGUGCAGUUUUCAGCAUGUGCUGCAUCGUUGAUGCAUAGAAUAACAAAGUCGCCAAAUGAUAAUGUGAUAUUAUGUGAUAUUGCUUAGAGAGAGAGAGAGAGAGAGAGAGAGAGAGAGAGAGAGAUGAUAAAACCUGUAGUAUAGUGAGGACAAUUUUUAAUCCUUUGACCUGCGUUGUGAUGACGGAAAUAUACAAAUGGGACAAAAAUUUUAUUUGUACAAUUACGUUGCUUUAAAUAUGCAUUGUAAUCUACAGAAUGUGAAAGGAUUAGAAACAAGGUAUUGAAUUAGUGGGGACAAGUGAUAUUUUCCUACUGAUAUUCCCAUUUUCACAAUAUGAAGGAAAGUAUUGAGUAAACUUUUACAAUAAUGUGUGUAUUGUGAGGUGUCCUCACUAAACACUACACGUUUCAUGGCUAGAGGCUAUAGAGAGAAAGAUGGAGAGAAAGGUCUUGUAUACAACAGUACAUGUAUUGUGAUCCAAUAUAAAAAGAUCAAGGCCUUCUUGCAGAGCUUUAUUCCAUUUGUAGUAUUUUGUACUCAUGUUCAAUAUCUAUUAUUUCUCUUCACAAAUCGGACUUUGAAUGGUUUUGUUUGUAAAACAACUCCUGGAUCCAAAUCCCGGGGUAGGAGAUCUGGUAGUGGUUCAUCCUUGGGCUCCAAAAUAGUAAAAUGUUGCAGGAGGGUCGAUACGAACAGAAAAAUCCUGGACAUGGCGAAGACGUCACCUACACAACCUCGUUUUCCUACUCCGAAGGCAAGCAUCCUGCACCAAGAAGAAAAAAACCAGCAAAGAAAUAUGAAGAGAAAUUCGGUAUUAUAAUGAGGCUCCGAAUUUUCUCAAAAUGUAUUGCUUUGUUUUGCAAGAUAUUUAUUUUAUUUUAAAUCAAGGUAUCAGGGGAUAGUUUCGCACAGCUUUCUUAAAAAUAGAAAUACCCCAUAUUUUAAGCGAUAUCACAUGUGUAAAAUAAUUUUAGGAUACAUGUCAAGUGUAGCCGAGUGCUUAAUGAAAAAAUUGAUACGCAA